AUGUGGCUGCAGAACCUGCUGUUCCUGGGCACUGUGGUUUGCAGUAUCUCCGCACCCACCCACCCACCCAGCCCCGUCACCCGGCCCUUUCUACAUGUGGAAGCCAUUAACGAAGCCCUGAGCCUUCUGAAACGGAGCAAUGACCCUGCUGCUGUGAUGGAUGAAACAGUAGAAGUCAUCUCUGAAGUGUUUAACCCCCAGGAGCCGACAUGCCUGCAGACCCGCCUGGAGGUGUUUACGAAGGGCCUUCGGGGCAGCCUCACCAGGCUCAAGGGCUCCUUGACCUUGAUAGCCAGCCACUACAGGCAGCACUGCCCCCCUACCCUGGAAACUUCCUGUGCAAUCCACAACACCACUUUCGAAAUUUUCAAAGAGAACCUGAAUGAUUUUCUACUUAUCACCCCCUUUGACUGCUGGAAGCCAGUCCAGAAGUGA